AUGGCGAAGGAGCGCAUCACUGUGGGUUUAUGUGCCUCGGUAACGGGAGAUAAGCUGCCCCCAAUCAUCAUCGGGAAAUCAAAAAAACCGAGAUGUUUUGGGUCAGUUACUCCCGACAAAUUGCCGAUACGGUAUUACAACAACAAAAAGACGUGGAUGACGACCGGGAUAAUGGAAGACUGGCUGAAGUGGUUUGAUCGGCGGAUGCGACAUGCCAAAAGACACGUCAUAUUAUUCAUAGACAACGCACCAUCACACCCUCGCAUCACACUAACCAACAUCAAGCUACAGUUCCUUCCUCCAAACACAACAUCAGUGAUACAACCCAUGGACCAAGGGAUCAUACAGACAAUGAAGCUAAAGUACAGAAAACGUCAACUACAACACGUGAUGAUGGAGCUGGAAAGAUCGUCGGCGACCACCGGACCUCAAAUUCUGAAAGAGGUUAACAUCCUACAAGCUAUCUACUGGGUCAUAAGCGCAUGGAAGGAGACAACGACGGAGACGAUCGGCAAGUGUUUCGCAAAAUGCGGAUUUAUGAGUGACAGUGAAAAAAGUGCUAGUGCUAGUGACAGUGAAAAAUGUGCAGAUGACCGUGAAAAAAGUGUUAGUGAAAACAUUACAAGUGACAAAAGUGACAAAAGUGAAUGUGAUGAUGUUGAGGACGACUUGCCUCUCAUCAUGCACAAAUUAGCACAUGAUUUAUUUGGGUGUGAAGUGAAGGACCUCAUCAACAUUGACAGGGACUUCACAACAUGCGCAACGGACAUGGACGAAUGGAAGAAGUCAGCACCGGAAAUUCUACAAGAAGAUGGAUGUGACGAGGAAGAUGACACAAACCCAACAGAAGAGGAAGCGACGACAUCAGAAACAACACUCUCCAUGAGUGAGGUAGUGGAAAUGAGCAGAAAACUGAAGGACUGGGCAGUGAAGAAAGGGCACCAUGAUCUACUAGCGACAUUGAUGGAAGCCAGCAACCAGAUAGGGGAUAUAGCCAUGAAUGGAGAGAAGGUGAAACAGACUAAGAUUGAGGAUUUCUUUUUCAGGCCAUCUUAA